CUCCUCCGCCGCCGCGGCUGCGCGCCGGGAGUCGGGCCGGGCGCUUCGCUGCGUAGGGCCUGCGCGCCUAUGCUGGGCGCCGGACUGCUCCCCCGCGCACUGGGCCGCCCCUGCGGCUGGGCGGGCGGCAGGUCCCGCCUGAGGGCCGCCCUGGGGCUGCCGCAGGGCUGGGGCCGGGGCCGGGGCCCGGGCCGGCCGGCGGGGGUGGCGGUGCCGCCGUGCGCCCGGGGGCUGCGCUGGGCGGGUAAAUUUUAUCAACAUGUCACAACAGAGGCCUCCCAAGCCACCUUAGCCAGCGUGUCUCCUGUUUUUGCAGUGAUGAAGCUUGACAAAGAAGGAAACGCUACUUUUUUUGAAAAGAAGAAAACAGAAUUGUACCAGGAAUUGGGUCUUCAAGCUCGAGAUCUAAGAUUUCAACACCUAAUGAGCAUUGCAACUAGGAACAACAGGAUCAUCAUGAGAAUGGAGUUCUUGAAGGCUGUCAUAACACCAGAGUUUCUUCUGAUACUAGAUUAUCGUAAUUUAAAUCUGGAACAUUGGCUCUUCAAUGAACUAGCAUCUCAGCUGGCUGGGGAAGGUCAACUAGUUACAUAUUCCCUGCCCUUUGAAUUCCGAGCCAUAGAAGCAAUCCUGCAGUACCGGAUCAGCAAACUGCAGGGGAGACUUAACACUUUGCAGCCUCAGAUCCUUGAGACACUGGAAGCUCUAGUGGACCCCAAGCUUUUGUCUGUGGAUAGGAGUAAACUACACAUUCUCCUGCAAAAUGGCAAGAGCUUGUCAGAACUGGAAACAGAUCUUAAAGUUUUCAAAGAAACUAUUCUGGAGAUCUUAGAUGAAGAAGAGUUAAUAGAAGAGCUCUGUCUAUCUAAAUGGACUGAUCCACAAGUAUUUGAGGAGAGUACAUCUGGGAUUGACCAUGCAGAGGAAAUGGAGCUGCUGCUGGAGAACUAUUACAGACAAGCAGAAGAUCUUGCAAAUGAAGCUCGUGAGCUCAGAGUACUGAUUGAUGAUUCAGAAAGCAUAAUCUUUAUCAACCUGGACAGCCACCGUAAUGUGAUGAUGAGACUGAACUUGCAGCUGACUAUGGGGACAUUCUCUCUCUCUCUCUUUGGACUCAUAGGAGUUGCAUUUGGUAUGAACUUGGAGUCAUCUCUUGAAGAGGACCCGAGGAUAUUUUGGCUGGUGACAGGGAUUAUGUUUCUGGGAAGCGGUCUGAUAUGGCGACGCUUGCUUUCCUUCCUUGGGCGGCACCUAGAACCUCCACUACCUCCUCACGUUCCUGCAGUUUUGAAAAAAUCCCAACCAGCAGCUGGAAGAGUGGAGCUAAAGAACAACCUUAAAGCAGAAACAUUUGGGCUGAGCAGAAGCACAUUAACAAACCAAUAGGAACAGCAGGAAUUAAGAGACUUUCACUGUUACAGGGUGGACUUUUGACACUUUCCUCGCAUUUGUUCUUCCUUACUGAAAACUGUAAGAAUUCCUAAACUUGCUAAUUUAAUAUAUAUUUUGUGCCAAAAACCUACGGUGAGAUUUUAAUGCUCACACAAAAGGAGACAAACACAGGGAAAAGGUGACAUGCUUUCCACGGUAGCCUCACCUCCACCCCACGUAUGUUCCAUUAGUUUUCUCUAUCACAUAUAUGUACUUAUUUUGGGGGCAUUCGCAUUUCAAGUGUUUCUGUCAAAUACUCCUUCAUGUAAUGGCCUGCCUUAGAGAGAACAGUAUUUUCAGCUUUAGGGAUGACAGCAUUCAUCAAAAAUUCUGGUUCUGAGCUGCAGAUUUAGGAAUCUGACUUCAAAUGUCAAAGAAAAAUCCACCCCAAAGGUGGCCUUUUUGAUGGAUUUUUUUUUUUAAGGCCAUAUUUAAUUGCAGAGAACAGAUUUUUCAAAGCAAAAAGCAUACCUCCAUCUCUUGUGAAGUACCACCUCUAAAUUGGCAGUAACCAGAAAUGUUUCCCUUAUUUUAAGUAAGCGAUAACAGGCUUUGAAAUGCAGCUACUUAUCUUGGGUAUUCCUUAACAAUUAAUUUAGGCCCAAAACGCAUGCAGUUUCAGUAAGGGGAAAAGCAGGCCUGUUGGUAAUGCACACUUGCGCGUGCAAUCUGCCACUAUUUCAACACGCAUUGAUACAGCUGCAGUUUAACAGCUCCUUGUGUUGUCAAAAGGACUGGGUUCAAAUGCUGGUAAAAAUAACCAGACUGGUUGUUGGUUCCUCUUAAACUGGACUCUGCUUUCUCUCUCGUCGCCCCAAGAAGACAAGACAAAGCAUGGGCUAACCUGCAUCACAGUAAGUAGCCGGGUUAGUAAAGGGUGUGGAAGCCUGGUGUCCUGUGAUGGACUGAAGGAAGGAGUAAAAUUCUUAUGCCCCCUAUUUGUGUUUUUUCUUAGGACUUGUCUCUGAACUCUGAGGGCGUAGUUCUCCACUGGCUUCUCUCAGUCUGUAGAGGGAACACGAAAUCCUUCUAUAUCGGGUCACAAACACAAACACAAACAAACACAAAAUUUGGGGUUUUUUAACCUCUCUGUAACAUCCAGUGAGUAGCUCCUUAGGUGCCACCAGAUAAAUCACUGUACUGGCAGGGGUUGAAAAGACAGUAACUGUAGCUGUGAACAUUUUUACUCCGGACUAACAAGUCAAAAAUGGAAAUUAAAAGGUACAUAAAUUAAAAUUAUGCAGGCCAGCGAUGCUAGCUUGGUUUAAUUGGUUCUACGUAAUUUUCUAACAGUUGUUCUUGCUCUGUAUGUGACUUCAACUACGGAUGUAAAAGGCAUGAGAAGGUGAGAAAAUUAAUGGGAUUUGUAAUGUUUUUGAGGGGGGUUUAACUCAAUUUUUUGCAGCCUUUUUGCUUAGCAGGUAGAGAUGUAAAAAACCUCUAAACUGAGCAAUACAGUGGAAAAAAAACAACGGCUCACCUACCUUGGCUGAUAAACCCCAGGAAAGCCCAGUGCAUGAAGGCACAUGGAUGCUGAUGUUUUCAAGCAAGAUGUAGUUGCAUUAGGUCAGGACUGAAAUGUGUUGGUGCGGCUGUUUGGGAAGCUUUCACGUAAGCUUUCCAAGCACUGUCUUUAGUGCAGAGGCUUCGGCGAACUGUAUUGACUCCUUUUUCUGUACAUAACUGACUUAAAGCACAAUAAAAGCACUGUGAGGAUGACA